AUGUUUGUGGCGAGAAGUCUGGUGUGCUCUAUACGCUGGAACGCUCUGCAUGCCUAUUUGUCGGUCGCUUGUUUGGCGAUCGCCGCUGCAGCCUCGUCGCCGCAUAAGGCCUAUAAGGCACACCGGGAGACUCUACCACUGCGCACAAUAGCUUUGACUGUUUCGGACCGUACGCGAAGCCGUCGAACCGACUCUGUUAGGUCGUUGGGAACGCCAUCUACCUAUGAUUCCGGAAGCGUCUCCCCGGAGAGCACCGGCGAGCUUGAGCCAGAAUUAACCGUCCACAUCCUGCCACCCUUCGAGUACGUGAAGACCCUGGGCUCAGGCGCGGAAGGCGUCGUGCAUCUCGUGCGCAACACGAUCGGUAGAAGGGGCGUCUACGCCAUGAAGGUCAUCAAGAACGCGCAAAACGGCCAGGCAGAAUGUGAGAUGCACAAGCAUCUCACGUCAUUAAGACUCGAGUAUAUCACGGAGAUAUAUCACGAGGACCGCGAUGUGGAGAAUAUAUACAUGGUCAUGAGCUACAAACCUCGAGGUUGCCUUGGAGACGUCCUCAGUGUGCUCCACAGGCUGCCUUAUCGCCGAUUCAUGGCGGUCCACAAGAAGAUAUACGUGCAAUAUGCCGCGCAGAUCGUUGGUGCCGUGACUGACCUCCACCGCCGCGGGAUAUUACAUCGUGACAUCAAACCCGGCAACAUCCUGGUGGACGAGGAAGGCAAUUUGUUCCUGUCCGACUUCGGGCUUGCCGUAGAACUUACAAAUAAGCCGCUCAUCCCUGCCCCUGCGUGGAGGCAGAAGGAGAUCCAUGGGGCUAUUGGCGCUGACUUCGCAGAACUGUCGCGCUCAGCUUGCGGCACUCCCGGAUAUAUGGCGCCAGAACUGCUUGUGAACAACCCGAGAUGUGACAAGCCUUACGGUCUUGAGGUAGAUUGGUACAGCGUUGGCGCGACACUUUACGAGAUUUUUGUUGGACCGCGCGAACUGCCAUAUAUUCCCAAGGGGGAACGAAUCCCUGAAGGUACCGCUGCAGCAGAUGAAUACCUCCUGAACGCAUACGCCAAGGAUUUGGUGUUCCCUAAAGCCCCCUUCUUCUAUACCGUCCCAGAGAGCAAAGAUCUCUUGCAAGAGCUACUGCAAAGGGAUCCCAGGAAACGCCUGUGGUGUGCACGGGACGUGUGCCGACACGACUUUUUCAAAGAGUAA